UGCUCGUUUAUGCGUUCGUGUCAUGUGCCAUGUUGGCGGAAGUAAAUUUGUUUUAAAGUGAUUCAUUAUGGCGAAGUAAAGAAGUUCGAUUUUAUUAUUGUCUGUUACGCAGCUUAGUAUAUACAUUUAAGUUCUGUUUAUUUUACGGGUAGAAGGACGAAUAUGAUGAAUCUUCCAAAGGCACCCGAUUCUCUUUGUUUUGAUAAAGACGAAUUUAUGAAGGAUGACUUCGAUGUGGACCACUUCGUGUCGGAGUGCAGGAAACAAGUGCAGCUGGAGGAGCUGCGAGAGGAUUUGGAGCGCUACUACAAGCUGUUAAAAACCGCAAUGGUGGAGCUCAUCAAUAAAGAUUAUGCGGACUUCGUAAACCUUUCCACAAACCUCGUUGGAAUGGACAAAGCACUCAACCAGCUCACUGUCCCCCUUGGCCAACUACGAGAAGAGGUGUUGAGCCUUAGAUCAGCUGUAAAUGAAGUCAUUGAAGCCAUAGAUGACCGGUUGUCCAAGCAAGACGAUAUUCAAAAGAAGAAGAUUUGUGUUCUGAGACUCAUACAAGUUGUGCGAUCAGUUGAGAAGAUUGAAAAAAUUCUUAAUUCUCAAAACUCCAAGGAUGACACAUCUCUAGAAUUAAGAAGCCCGCUGAUGGCUGGUCAGAUUCUGGAGCGGAUUGCCACUGAGUUCAACCAGCUGCAGUUCCAUGCCGUUCAGAGCAAGGGGAUGCCACUUCUGGACAAAGUGCGACCUAGGAUCGCCGGGAUCACGGCCAUGCUGCAGCAGUCCCUGGAGGGCCUGCUGAUCGAGGGCCUCCAGACCUCCAACGUCGACAUUGUGCGCCACUGCCUGCGGACCUACGCCACCAUUGACAAGACCAGAGACGCGGAGACGCUCGUGGGCCAGGUUCUCGUGAAGCCCUACAUGGACCAGGUCAUUGUUGCAGAGUAUGCAAAGUCGGGUCCUGCUGGCUUGCAGGUGAUGUUUGGAAAAGUUCUAGAAUUUGUGCCGCAUCACUGUCGUCUGCUGCGAGAGGUGACUGGAGGAACCAUAUCAAGUGACAAAGCGGACAUUGUCCCCGGGUACGACUUCAUGGUGAACUCCGUGUGGCCAGAGAUAAUUAAAGGCCUGGAGGAGAGGAUCGCCUCCCUCUUCAACCCUGGCAACCCAGACGUCUUUUACGAGAAGUACACCAUCAGCAUGGAGUUUGUGCGCAGGUUUGAGCGGCAGUGCGGGUCUCAGGCCAGCGUGAGGCGUCUGAGAGCACAUGCCUCUUAUCUGAGCUUCCAGAAUAAGUGGAACCUGCCGGUCUACUUCCAGCUACGAUACAAAGAGAUUGCGGGAAGUUUGGAAAAUACAAUGGCAGAUGGGCUAGGAGAAGCACCAGCCGGGAGCUCCUAUCGGCUGCUGGUGUCCCACGUGCUGUGGGGCUGCCUCCCCAGGUGCUGGGAGGAGAGGGUCUACCUGCCCCUGCUGGCCCAUCGCUUCUGGAAACUCACGCUUCAGCUGCUCUCGCGCUACUCCACCUUCGUCACUGAGGUGCUGAAUAAGGCUCCUACUACUGAGGUCAGUAAAGAUCCUGUGAAGCCCCUCCCUAGCUCCGCCUCCUCCACUUCCAGCAGGACUUCUCAGGAGGACACAGGAAGCGAGACUGGCAUCCCAACUGCCCUCUCUGCCAAGCAGCUGGUCUACAUCGCUGCAGAUCUGGAUCUUCUGCAGGAACAGAUUCCAGAGCUCGGCGACAUAAUCAAGAACAGACUGGAGCUCAUCGGGUUCACCAACUUUCAGGUUGUUUCAGACUGCUUGGCGGACUCGAAAGCCUCCUUGUCCGCUUGCACUCCUGCUCUGAACAGUAGGGUGACGCAGCUCCUUAGCGAGAGGUGCUUCAGGUACCUGAAAAGUGCCUCUGAAGUUCCCCGGCUGUACCGCAGGACCAACAAGGAAGUGCCUUCAAGGGCCUCGGCCUACAUGGACAACGCACUGCGGCCGCUGCAUCAGCUGCAGAGCGACCACAAGGACACGCUGAAGGGCUCCAUCCUGCAGAGCUGGCUGUGUGUCACGCUGUGCGACUGCACGCAGAGGUAUUACGAAACUGUCUCGGAUGUUCUGAGUUCGGUGAAGAAAAUGGAGGAGAGUCUGAAGAGACUGAAGCAGGCCAGGAAAACAGCAGCCUCCGUCACCACAGGGACCAACGGGGGCCCCACCGAUGACGGCAAGAUCCGCAUUCAGCUGGCACUCGACGUGGAGUACCUGGGAGAUCAGAUCCAAAAGAUGGGCCUGCGGACAGGGGACAUCACACGUUUCUCAUCCUUGCUUGAGUUGGUUCAAGGGGCUAGGGACGGGGUUUCAUCUGAGCAGACUGGCUCAUAAAUAUGGCUGGGGUUAUGCCUUCCUGACCCCUCUGGCCAGGGCAUGUCUUGGGAGACUGUAAUGUAAAUAUGGCAACUCUGGUGUGGGUUCUGUCUCUUACAGAAUGGGCUAGCCUGGGAAUUCUUAUUUAUUUAUGGAAAUUAAUGGGAGAUCAGACUGUAAAUUGUAAGAAAUUGUGAAGGUUUUACAUGUGAUGGGUUGGAAAUUAUAUUGUGAACUGCAGACAAAGCACCACCUGUAUGAAGGUGUCAUUCUUGUCAAUAAAAGCUUUAAGUACCUGUU